CAACCUAAAAUUCCCCUUUUCUCCCCCUCUCUAUUCUCAUUCUCUCUCUCUACUAGAGCUGUGUGACCCUGCCCUUUUGCUUUCGCCUUCUCUCCCAAAUAUAGAGAGAGAGUAAGAGAAAGCAGACUGCAACGCACGUCGCCACAGAGCGACCAACGCAUGGAUUCUCCUCUCUCUACCUUCCCUCCAUUCCAAGUUCGCUUCGUCUUCACGGUAUACCAUUAGAGAAAAAAACAAAGCAAAGAACCCAAAUAAGGUUAAAAAAGAAAAAGUCCAUCUUCCAAGAUUGGAUUUUUAGCUGUGGCGGACCUUAGAAGAACCCUAGCAGCAUUCCUCUUUUCCUCAAUUCCUUCACUGCUGAGCAGUCGUUACGAUACGAAGAAGAAAAGGAGGAAAAGAGGCUUUUACUACACUGUAAAAAUGUUCUGGGUCACGAAAUUUUCAGGCUUUAUCGCCGCAGCAAUGGUAAUGAUUGUUCUUUCCCCAUCCCUACAAUCAUUCCCACCUGCUGAAGCUAUUAGAUCCUCUCACCUCGAUUCCUAUCUCCGAUUCCCCAGUCAAAUUGCUCCCCCUAAUCGCUUCUCCUUCCGUAAAUCCCCUGUAUUCCGAAAUGCCGCUGAAUGCAGCACCUCCAAUAUAUUGGGGACCAAUGAGGUUUGCGAUCCUUCACUGGUUCAUGUUGCAAUUACUCUCGAUAUCGAGUAUCUUCGUGGUUCAAUAGCCGCUGUGCAUUCAAUUCUACAACAUUCUAGUUGUCCCGAGAGUGUAUUCUUCCACUUUCUGGUCUCUGAAACAAACCUCGAAACCCUAGUUCGAUCCACAUUCCCUGAAUUAAAAUUCAAGGUAUAUUACUUUGACCCGGACCGAGUCCGAAAUAUUAUAUCCACUUCCGUUAGACAAGCGCUUGAACAGCCGUUAAACUAUGCUAGAAAUUACUUGGCGGAUCUUCUAGAACCCUGUGUCAAUAGAGUUAUUUACUUGGAUUCGGAUCUUGUUGUUGUGGAUGAUAUUUCGAAGUUGUGGAGUACGAGUUUGGGGAAAAAAACUAUCGGAGCCCCGGAAUAUUGUCAUGCCAAUUUCACGAAGUAUUUCACAGCGUCGUUUUGGUCGGAACCGAGAUUUUCCGGAACGUUCAACGGCAGGAGACCGUGUUACUUUAAUACGGGGGUUAUGGUUAUAGAUCUGAAGAAAUGGAGGCGGGUCGGGUACACAAAACGGAUAGAGAAAUGGAUGGAUAUCCAGAAGACGAAUCGGAUCUAUGAGCUGGGUUCACUACCGCCGCUAAUGUUGGUCUUCGCAGGACACGUGGCGCCGAUAGAGCACAGGUGGAACCAGCACGGGUUAGGCGGCGAUAAUGUGAAGGGAAGUUGCCGUGACUUGCAUCCCGGUCCGGUGAGCUUACUCCACUGGAGUGGUUCAGGCAAACCGUGGCUCCGGCUCGACUCAAAAAAACCGUGUCCGCUUGAUUCUCUAUGGGCACCCUACGAUUUGUAUGGAUUCUCGACGUGAAUUGUGCCGGUAAAUUCCUCCAGUAACUUUUUUUUUUAAUUUUUAAUUUGGUUCAAUUUAUUGGGGAUUUUUAACUUCUCUAAUUUUUUCCGAUUUUUCUACUCAAUUUAUUUCGUUCAAAUUUUCUUCCUUCUUUUAUAUUUUGAUUUUAACAUAUGAACAUUAUGAUUACCAGAAGAGACGAUUUGUAUUCUAUUCUAUUAUUCGUGCAGCUUGAAAUAAAAAGGGAUUACAGAUGAUAUUGAGCUCAA